UCGCAAUCUGCCAAUUAGAGUGAAAAAAAGAACAUGAGAUCGCUGCUUCCGCAUCCGCACCUUCCUCGCCCGGCUCUCUUCUCCUCCUCCUCCUCCUCCUCCGCCCCUCGGCUCCCGCCAACGGCCGCGCGCGUGGUGGCCCGCCUCCCGCACGUGCCCGCCAUCGCGCCCCGCCCCCGCCCCGCCCCGCACGUGCGGGCCCACCCGCCACCUUCCUCCUCCUCCUCCUCCUCCUCCUAUAAAUACGCCACCGCCGACGCGGACGCUCCUCCAUCUACGGCGAGCAAGAUGGCCGGAGAAGCCGUGAUCGACGCCGAGAAGCUUCGCUCCGAUUUCGUGGAAUUCCUCCGCAGCAGACGAUCCGAGGAAGUCGAGCUUUCCGUAGAACCUGCAAAACCGGUGGAGAGCCCUUUGUAUCAAGAUGCUAAUCCGCCUAGUUUCUGUGAGGCAAUGGAAUCUUGUCCCAAGGAAAACAUUGAGAAUCUCAAGGAGCUACUUAAGGAGGAAAAUCUUUACUUAAUUACUGAGAAAGGAGAGCAGGGUUGCUUGCCUGUACUCAUCGUAAGCAUGAAAGAGGACACCGUCCGAAAGAGGCCUGCUAUUGUGUUUCUGCACAGCACACGCAAGUGCAAAGAAUGGCUACGCCCUUUGCUUGAGGCAUAUGCUUCUCGAGGAUAUAUUGCUGUUGCUGUUGAUUCUCACUAUCAUGGAGAACGCGCCAGUAGUCUGACCACCUACCGCGAUGCUCUUAUAUCAUCAUGGAAAAAGGGUGAUACUAUGCCAUUUAUAUUUGAUACAGCCUGGGACUUGAUCAAAUUGGCCGAAUAUCUCGCAAAGAGAGAGGAUAUAGACCCUUCAAGGAUAGGGAUCACGGGCGAAUCACUUGGAGGAAUGCAUGCAUGGUUUGCUGCUGCUGCUGACAAGCGCUAUUCUGUAGUUGUCCCUAUUAUCGGUGUGCAGGGGUUCCGAUGGGCCAUAGACAACGAUAUGUGGCAGGGUAGAGUUGACAGCAUAAAACCUGUGUUUGAAGAGGCAUGCAUUGAUUUGGGAAAGAGCACCAUAGACAGAGAAGUGGUGGAGAAGGUAUGGAAUAGGAUAGCUCCUGGUCUAGCCUCUGAUUUUGAUGCCCCCAACACAGUCCCAGCCAUUGCUCCACGGCCCCUUCUGAUAAUUAAUGGUGCAAAUGAUCCACGCUGCCCUCUUGCCGGCCUGGAAGUUCCAAAAUCAAGAGCAUCCGAGGCUUAUGAGAAGGCACAUUGUCCAGAGAAUUUUAAGUUAAUCGCAGAACCCGGAAUCGGACACGAUAUGACACCGCUGAUGGUCAAAGAGGCUAGCGAUUGGUUCGACAGGUUCCUCAAGCAACAGUAACAACUAUCUUUGCUGUUUCUGUGGCUAUCUGUUGCUUCUCAUGUAUUUUCAGUAUCCUUCAGUUGUGUUCCGUAGCGGGUGCUCUCCGGACCCAGGCCUUUGGGGUGGAUCCCCGGUGGUGUACGGAUCGUCGGGUUGUGUGUAUUGUAAGGGAACUUACCUUUUCCCCUAUUUCACCGAUUGCGUUAAUUCAAUUCCCCAGUUAUGCUGUC